CUCUGUCUGUCUUAAGCCUGCCUGUGGCUGUUUCAUUGUUGUCGGCGUCGUGCUGGAGGAGGUCACUGGGUCCGGCCAGCAGUCCGCAUUUGAGCGCACUAAACUUUUCUGCACGUCGUCUUCUGAAUCAAUAAACCAUCAUGGGGAAAGGCUGCUUGACGGCGAUCAAGUAUUUCCUGUUCCUCUUCAAUCUCAUCUUCUUUCUACUCGGGGCCGUUGUCAUGGGCUUCGGAUUGUGGCUCCUCCUGGACAAUCAGAGCUUCAUAGUUGUCCUCAGUGACUCAAUAGCUGUCAAGGUUGCCUGCUACAUCUUGAUUGGAGUCGGGGCUUUCUCCAUGCUCAUUGGCUUCCUUGGCUGCUUGGGAGCUAUUUACGAGAUCCGCUGUCUGCUUGGCAUAUACUUUACCUGCCUGUUGUUGAUCUUCAUUGCUGAGAUUGUAGCUGGUGCCCUCAUCUACUUCCACAAGGGUGUGGUAAAUGAAGAGAUGUCCAAGGUUGUGUCUAAGGUUUUGGACAACUAUCCAGGAAACAACUCCACCACUGAGCAAGCAUGGGACUUCAUCCAGAGGAAUAUGGAAUGCUGCGGCUGGAACGGUCAUGAGGACUGGAACGGAAACAUGGUGAUUUCCAACAGCUCUCGGCUCCUCUUUCCCUGCUCGUGCCAGAACUUGUCUCUUGCAAUUGGAAACGUCUCCGAGAGUGGAUUCUGUGAGGCACAGACACCUGACUGGCCCGUAUACGACAUGGGUUGUUCUGCCAGUGUGGACAGAUGGUUCCUCACCAACAUUGGGGUCGUCUUGGGUAUCUGCAUCACAAUCGCAUUUAUUGAGUUGCUAGCGAUGAUCCUGGCCAUCUGUUUGUGCAAGAACCUUCACAUGGAGGACUACACCAAAGUGCCGAAGUACUAAAGUUCCCCAGACUGAUCUUGGCUCAAACUUGGCACAUCAGCGGAGAAGAAAAUGUAAAGAAAUGAGGCAUUUUCCCCAACCAAUAUUAGGUUCAAUGUUAUGUAAAAAUGUUAGAAAUGAGCUUUCUUAUAUUGGAUAAUUCAUCUGAUGAGGGACUUCUUUAUUUUUUUGUCUGUCCUGUUUUGCUUGAAGCACUUUAGAAAUGUUUUGGCUUUUAAACGUCAGAUGGGAGAGCGAUGCAAAUGCUUGGAUUAGAUUAGAUUAUUUGUGGUACCAUAAUGUCAUCGGUUGAUCGUAUGUCAGUUUGCACCUUAAGGCUUGUUUUACUUCAUUUUUUUUUAUCCGUCAAGAGUCUGCAACAUGGCUAUUUCAAGCUGUUAAACCACCCCCUUUUUUAUUUUUGAUACUUAUUUUAUUAUUUCAUUCCAUUUUAGAACUUCAUUCUUUGAUUGUGGAAACAUAGUUCCUUGUUGUACAUUUAAACUUUCAUUCUUUUACAUUUUGGACAUAACAGACAUAAUGAGACUAACAUAAAUAUUGAGACUGGUAUCACUUAUUUUGCCUUUGGUCAGCAAAAAUUAGGCUUCUUUUGUAAAAAAGGUAGACCUGUUGCAAAAUAAAAUAUCUCCCAGAAAUGAAUACUGAUGAUCUGGAAAAAAUAUUUUUUUUGCAAAAUCCAUCUCAGAAAUUCUUCAGUUGCUUCAGUUCUUUUGUAAUUAAUUUCCUGUAUAUGUAAUUUUUAAUAUUCAUCCAAAAACAUGUGGUAUUUUUAUUAUGUACAAAUUUGUCAUCCAGUUUCCUGUCUAGUGUAAAGCACCAAAUACCGUGUUAACCUUGUAAUGGCAUUCUUUGUAACAACAUAGGUGGAAUAGUCGGGAAGCUGUCUUAGUAUUAAAGAACUUGCAUCAUUUAUUUUUCCUUUUGCCAAUAAAGUAAUUACAAUUAAUUUGA